AAUCACUUGAACGAUAACAAUAAAAAACCCAAUCAGUUGUGAAACUGCUCGACUGGACCACAGUACCUCCACCUCUGUGAUUUACAGUCUGUUUUGUGCAAUGGUGCAAGGAACCUGCUCACUGUCCACCUCAGUUGACCUUUGUCCACCAGGAAGUGAUAACAGCCGAUGGUUCAAGUUCAUCUUAUUUACAGGUUGAGAAAAGACCAAGUUUGGUGGCUUACUCUGCCCUCCCUGAUGGUGAAAGGAGUGGACCUAAUAAGGACGAUCGGCUCUCAGAUAGUUCCAGUUGGGUGCAGAAGAGUCCCGGACAGUGCUUCGGACCUCUAACCCAGAGAGGUCAUCUUUAUUUCCAGGAGAUCAUCAAGAAGCAUUUCCAAGAUUUAAUUACCAGACCAGAGCAUCAUGUUGAGUCGAGAUCUUCCAGACAUUGAGAGCAUCAUGGCUCUGAAUCCCAGAGUCAAGACUCAUGCUCAGAUCAUGUCCACAGCCUAUAAGAAGAAGGAAAAGAAACACUGGAAAAGAAACCCUGAGACGGGCUGUGAUUCAUGUGUGAAGUUAGAAAACAACUUUGAUGACAUCAAGCACACAACGCUGAGUGAGCGAGGUGCUCUGCGGGAAGCUAUGAGGUGUCUGAAAUGUGCCGAUGCUCCCUGUCAAAAGAGCUGCCCAACCAACCUGGACAUCAAGUCAUUUAUUACCAGCAUCUCCAAUAAGAACUACUACGGAGCUGCUCGGGCCAUUUUGUCUGACAACCCUCUGGGUUUGACCUGUGGGAUGGUUUGCCCCACAUCGGAGCUGUGUGUUGGAGGCUGCAACCUGUUUGCUUCUGAAGAAGGGCCCAUUAACAUCGGAGGGCUGCAGCAGUUUGCCACCGAGGUGUUUAGCAAAAUGGGAAUCCCUCAGGUGAGGAACCCAGAACUCCCACCAGCCAGUGAGAUGCCAGAGUCCUACCACUCCCCAAUCGCUCUGAUUGGCUGUGGCCCUGCUUCAAUCAGUUGUGCUUCCUUUCUGGCCCGUCUUGGAUAUGAUAACAUCACCAUAUUUGAGAAACAGAAGUACACCGGAGGACUAAGCACUGCAGAAAUCCCUCAGUUCCGGCUUCCUUAUGAAGUGGUCCAGUUUGAAAUAGGUCUGAUGAAGGACCUGGGAGUUAAGGUGGUUUGUGAGAAGGGUUUAGGAGUCAAUGGAAUGACUCUGACGUCUCUGAAGGAGGAAGGAUUUAAGGCCGUCUUCAUUGGGAUUGGUCUUCCACAAGCCAACAGAGCUCAAAUCUUCCAGGGAUUAACCACAGAUCAAGGCUUCUUCACCUCAAAAGACUUUCUGCCCAUCGUGGCUUCAGCCAGCAAGAAAGGAAUGUGCCAGUGCCGCUCGUCUCUGCCAGAGUUGAAGGGAGUGGUGAUCGUUUUGGGGGCCGGCGACACUGCCUUCGACUGCGCCACGUCGGCCCUGCGCUGCGGAGCCAAGAGAGUGUUUGUGUGCUUCAGGAAGGGAUUCACAAACAUCAGGGCCGUUCCGGAGGAGAUGGAGUUGGCCAAGGAGGAAAAGUGCGAGUUCCUGCCCUUCCUGUCUCCCCGCGAGGUGAUCAUGAAGAAUGGACGAGUCUCCGGACUGCAGUUCUGUCGCACUGAGCAGACGGAGAAUGGUGACUGGCUGGAAGAUGAGGAGCAGAUUGUCAGGCUGAAGGCCGACUAUAUCAUCAGUGCUUUUGGCUCCAUGCUGAACGAGCCACAAGUGACUGCAGCGAUGGCUCCUGUGAAGCUGAGCCGCUGGGGAACUCCAGAAAUAAACACAGACACCAUGCAGACCAGUGAGCCCUGGGUGUUUGCCGGAGGAGACGUUGCUGGUUUGGCAAAUACCACUGUGGAGUCAGUGAACGAUGGCAAACAAGCUUCAUGGCAUAUCCACCGAUACAUACAGACCCAGCAUGGACAAACAGUGGACUCAGUUCCAAAGCUGCCGUUGUUCUACAGUGCCAUAGAUCAAGUGGACAUCAGUGUUGAGGUUUGUGGAAUAAAGUUUCCCAACCCUUUUGGCCUGGCCUCUGCUCCGCCCACCACCAGUACAGCCAUGAUCAGAAGAGCUUUCGAACAAGGAUGGGGCUUCGCCCUGACAAAGACUUUUGGAUUGGACAAGGACCUGGUGACCAACGUGUCCCCUCGUAUUGUGCGAGGCACCACCUCCGGUCACUUGUAUGGACCUGGUCAGGGCUCGUUUCUCAACAUUGAACUCAUCAGUGAGAAAACAGCAGCGUACUGGUGUCAGUCAGUGACUGAACUGAAAAAAGACUUCCCAAACAAUGUUGUGAUCUCCAGUAUAAUGUGUAGUUACAACAAAGAAGACUGGACAGAGCUGGCCAAGAUGGCAGAGGAAUCAGGAGCUGAUGCGCUGGAGCUGAACUUGUCCUGUCCUCAUGGGAUGGGAGAGAGAGGCAUGGGGCUGGCAUGUGGACAGGAUCCAGUGUUGGUGCGAAACAUCUGCCGUUGGGUGCGUGCGGCCAUUUCCAUUCCGUUCUUCGCCAAACUCACACCAAACGUUACCAAUAUUGUGGACAUCGCAAAGGCAGCCCAAGAAGGCGGAGCGGAUGGCGUCACUGCCACCAACACAGUCUCCGGCUUGAUGGGGCUGAAGGCAGAUGGUUCUCCCUGGCCGAGCAUUGGUGCAAGCAAGCGCACCACGUAUGGAGGCGUUUCUGGUAAUGCCAUCAGACCCAUUGCGCUCAGAGCCGUGUCAGCCAUUGGCAACGCAAUCCCUGGUUUUCCCGUUCUGGCCACGGGAGGUAUCGACUCAGCAGAGUCUGGGCUGCAGUUUCUCCACGCUGGAGCAUCAAUCUUACAGGUGUGCAGUGCUGUUCAGAACCAGGACUUCACAGUGAUUGAGGAUUACUGUGUUGGUCUGAAGGCCUUGUUGUACCUGAAGAGCCUUGACCUGGAGAACUGGGAUGGACAGUCUCCUCCUACAGAGAGGCAUCAGAAAGGAAAACCAGUUCCCAGAGUGGAAGACUUGGUCGGAAAGAGCCUGCCAAGCUUUGGUCCGUACCUCGAGGAGAGGAGAGAAGCCAUCGCGAAAUACAAAAAAGGACUCAGAGACGCUGGUGUGACUGAUGUGGCAGAAACCAGCACCGGCCAGAUCAGGACACCCAAAAAGCCUGUUCCUGCUGUCAAGGACGUGAUUGCCAGAGCGCUGCGUCACAUUGGAGCAUACCAGGACCUGAACAACAUGGAACAGGUCGUGGCUCUGAUAGAUGAAGAGAUGUGCAUCAACUGUGGGAAAUGUUACAUGACCUGCAAUGACUCUGGAUACCAGGCCAUCACCUUCGACCCAGAGACCCACCUGCCCGUCGUGACCGAUAGUUGCACAGGCUGCACUCUAUGUUUCAGCGUCUGUCCGAUCAUAGACUGCAUCAAGAUGGUGAAAAGGGAAACUCCUUACGCACCCAAGAGAGGUGUACCCAUUAGCCCUGUCUGUUAAAGGAUGCUGACACUGUUAAAUACUAACUGCUUAUUUAAACCCGUAAAAUGAAGUUACUCGCUUAAUUGUUUGCUAACACAUGGAUGUGACAUAUAACGUAAUUUGAAAUGCUAACGAUAUUAAAACAAUGAGGGAGAGAGAGAGAGAGAGAGAGAGAGAGAGAGAGAGAGAGAGAGAGAGAGAGAGAGAGAGAGAGAGAAAGAGAGAGAGAGCCAGCCAGCCGCUGGGUGUUAUUUUGCUGUGGCAAUUCAAUACUGUUGCUCCUUCAGAUUAUGUUGCUUCAUGGAGAUUUUAAUCAUUGUGAAUGCUGUCUGAAAUCCACAUGCAUUUAUCAUAUAGUGUGUGAUUUAAAUAAAAAAAUGUUCUGAUGUAGCAGUCCAUCUGACUGUCAACUAUUCUAUUAGACUGUAUGCCAGCUUAGAGAUCCAAACUAGCCAAUAGGCCAGAAUGUGAGUGACUGACUGUCUGGCUCUGUGUGUGUUUGCUCUGUGACUGAAUGCAAACCUGAUCGUACUGCUACGCCAUGCACUUGUCCAUAGUCAGCUAAAGCCGGCCACACACUACAGGAUUUUUUCAAUCUUCCCCGAUUCAGACACCACACACUACAGGACAGCAGAGGACAGAUCGUACCCGAUCUUCCUCUCCUGAUCGUCU